UGUGUGUGUGUGUGUGAGUGAGCGAGCGAGCGAGUGAGCGAGAGAGAGAGAGAGAGACAUCAGCUACCGGGUGAUUUUUAGUGAGAGAACCAGACUUUAAUUCGUCUAUCGCCAUGUUUAAACUCUGAAUUUACCUCUGGGUGGAAUAUUACUUUUGUCCUCAACAAAAUGGAGACCAUCCUGGCCAAAGCACUCUAUGACAACACAGCUGAAAGCCCAGAUGAGCUGGCCUUCUACAAGGAUGAUGUUGUUGUGGUGAUAGAGAAAACUGUUGAGGGCAGUGUGGGCUGGUGGAAAUGCUCUCUGAAUGGCCAAGAAGGCCUGGCACCGGCCAAUCGACUACGACUCCUCUCACCCUCAGAAAGUAUUUAUCAAACACCACGGCCAGCAGAAGCAAGUCUAACUUAUGAGGCAAUGGAGAAGGGAAACAAGAUGGUACAUGGUGUCUUCACUCCCAGCACAGAUAUGUAUGCUGUUCCUAGACUUUGGAGAAAAGGCUCGUUAUACACGCCACUAUCACCACGGCCUACAUUAAGACAAACAUUAACUAUCAUUCAGAAGAGAUCCGAAGUCAUUGAUAACAGCAAAUCCAUAGCAUCUGAGAUUUAUGCUGUACCACCCACACCCUCAAAAGAUCCCAAUUAUGAUAUUCCUGUUUCUUCUAAAAGUGAGCCACACUUAAAGUUAGUUUCCAACUUCAACACUUUGCCUAAUCCACGGAAGUGUGAGCAGAUAUAUGAUGUGCCUGUAGCACUGGAAAUGCCCAUCAGUGUACAUGGUUUCUAUGGCACAAUGCCAUCUAAAGGUGCACAUUCUGGAAAAGAGGUCUAUGAUACUCCAACAUCAUGUGUUCGUCUUGCAGCAGUCAAUGCUGGCUGCAUCUAUGAUAUCCCAAAAUGUAGGGAGAAAACACAACAAAGAACAGACUCCAACCUCAAAGAGGAAGGCUGCAUUUAUGAUGUGCCACCUAGCCUCAAUAAAAGAGAACCCAUUCUGAAUGUACUAACACUCCCAAAUCAGAUAGUUACAAACCCGGGUAAUUCGGAAAAUGCUUCCAAACCUAUUGAAGACAGGUGCAAACCUGGUCCAAUGCAUGAUCUUCCUCGUAGACAAUCAUCAUGGGGAAGACAGAUUAUGGUGUCCAGAGAACUACAAGAGAGGAGGGCAAAAACCACCGAAAAUGAGGUAAAGAAUGAUAUAGGUGUGUCUGUUUCUGAAAACCAAAGGGACUCCACAGUGUCCAACUCCUCCAACACCUCCAGUUCUUCCAGGAGCUCCUGUGACUCUAUGUUUGGCUCCACCUCACCAGAGCCACUACGGGAGGUCACACUAUCCCCAGAGGAAGCAGCCCAAAGACUUUUGCAACUCCAGGAAACAGUUUGUCAGGCUGUGCCCCAACUGAUGGACUUUGUAAGUAGCCACUGGAGAAGCCGUGAGCAUCUGGGCCAACACCUCCAGCAGAUUCGUGCAGCCUCAGAGGAUGUGGCCAACUCAGUCACCUCCUUUCUCAACUUUGUUCUAGAUAUCAGAGGUAAUGCACUGCGGCUUACUGACUCUAACCUGCAGGCCAGGCUCCAGAAGCAGCUCUCUAUUGUGGAGAACUCAGGACUGAUUGUACAGAACUCUGUGGAUGCUCUUUGCGGCUUAGGUUGGCCUCUGGAUGUCCUGGCUCAGGAUCCGGGGCAGCCACAGAUUUCAGACCAGCUGGAGCGCUUUGUCAUGGUUGCUCGGACUUUGCCAGAAGACAUGAAACGGUUGGUGUCCAUUAUUAAUGCCAACAGCAAGCUUCUGUUCAGAAACUCAUCAAAAGAGCCAGAAAUGCCAAAGAACACCAGUCUACCACAUGUUAUAAAAAGCAUUGGCAAGAAUGAACCACCGUUAGAUAAAGAGUGGGAUGAUGAUUAUGUACAUCUUCAGACCAAGACAGAAUUUGAAAAGCUACAGCAAACUGAAGAAAAAAACGACAUAAAAUUGGACAUGAAUCAACACAAUGAGAAAAAACAGGUUUCCAAACCAAAGCCUACAUCCUUUGAUCGUACAAGCCAACAUAAGCCUCUGAUUUCUGACCACUGCCGACUCUAUUUUGGGGCCACCAGAAAAGCCAUUGCUGUGUUUGUUUCUAGCCUGGAGGAGCAACAGCCCCCUGAGAAGUUUAUAUCCCACAGUAAGCUGGUGAUCAUGGUGGGCCAAAGGCUAAUAGACACCCUUUAUUGUGAGGCCCAGGGUAGGGAGGACAGUCAGGAGCUCCUACACAAAAGCAACCACUUGUGUGCCCUCCUCAAGCAUCUGGCAGUGGCCACCAAAAAAGCAGCGCUACACUUUCCUGACAAAGUGGCAAUCAAGGAAGCACAGGACUUUGCCAAAGAACUGGCUCAGAGGGCACACCAAUUUCGCAUGUUUAUGGAAAAUUAAGCUGUUUGUGAAAGGACAGCAGUAUAGUGCUUUGUAUAAGUCGACACAUACCUACACGCUCUGCAGUUGUGCAGUUCUUGUGCAGUUCUUCUAUUAGUGUGAACACUGGAAUAGCAAAAAUAUACCAGAAUAAGUGGAGAACUUUUUUGGACUAGCAAUAGAUUAGAAUGAAAUUUAUAGCAAAACAUGCAAUUUUCUUGAUGCUAGAUGUUGUUAGCCAGAAUUUCAAAGCAGAAUUUCAAAGUAGAAUUAUUAUGAAGCAAUAGAAGAAAAUAUUUCCCUCCGUUCUAAUAAAAAUCAGUCUUAUUAGAAGGGUGUUUAAUAAUAGUAUUUGGGUCAGAUAUGGAAAUUUGUGCCUAAAUUGUGGAUAGGGUAAUAUUUUAAAUACAAACAAAUAAAAUUAAAUUUCGAACACAAAAGAGACAAAGGAUAGGACUAAGAUCCCUCCACCAAAAGUCUCCAUGUCAACCCUUUUGUACAUGUUGUAUAGUAGGAAGAUACUCAGGUGUCAGAAUUGAUUUUUGCUUAUAUUAACAAGUAAUGUAAAAAUAAUUCUGGAAGCUACUGUGUGUACAUUGUAGAAGAGUAUAAAAUACAUAAGAAUUUUUGAAAUUUC